AUGGAUAUAAUCUCACAGUUGCAAGAACAAGUGAAUUCGAUUGCUGCUAUCACUUUCAAUGCUUUUGGGACACUGCAAAGGGAUGCCCCUCCGGUCCAGCUUUCGCCUAAUUAUCCUGAACCAGCCGCUACAACUACGGCUACUGAUGAUGCUACUCCUUUUCCAGAGCAACCUAAGCAGCUCAGUGCUGGUUUAGUUAAGGCUGCUAAACAGUUUGAUGCUUUGGUUGCGGCACUUCCCUUGUCAGAAGGAGGUGAAGAAGCUCAGUUGAAAAGAAUCGCCGAACUCCAGGUGGAAAAUUAUAUUAUUGGUCAAGAACUCCAAAAGCAGUUAGAGGCUGCAGAAAAGGAGCUUAAGCAAGUCCAAGAGCUAUUUGGACAAGCUGCAGACAAUUGCCUGAACAUGAAAAAACCCGAAUGA